GGCAUAGUCGGUAGGGUUGCAGUGCGUAAGAGAAAAUUCAGAAGUGAAGUUGACCGUAAAGAAUGCCCACCGCCUCCGUAACGUUAGAUCGGGAUAGUCAAGGGUCUCAAGAGACCCUUGAUCCUUUACACAAAGUCCUGAACCUUGUGGAAAAGAAGAUAAGAAACCUCGAGAAGAGAAAGAACAAACUAGAACAGUACCGUUUGGCUCUAAAGGAUGGGAAGGAGCUCAUUGAAGAUCAACGGCAAGCAGUUGCCAGCUUUGAUUGUGUAAUCUCCAACCUUGAAUUAAUGCGGGACAUGAGUCAAAAUUUUACAGCGGUCAUUGCAGAACACAACAAACUUUUGAAAAAGCAAAUGAAGCAUGAGGCUGUGGAGAAACAGAAUGAGGAGAUCAAUCGUAUCAAGGAAAUCUUCAAAAUUCAGGAUGUUCUCCAGCUUAUGGGUCAAGAUGAAGUUCGGGCAGAUUUCUUAGCUGGGACCAAUGGUGCAGUUGUCAUACCCCCUGAGCACUUAGAACACCUGGAUACCCUUUUCAAACUUGUUACACCUUCCCGAACAGAGGGCCAAGAUGCACAGGAGUUUCAAAAAGAGUUGCGGAAUGCAGCAGAGCACAUGUCCUUUUUGCUGGAAGGAAAGAACAGUGAAGUUGCUGGCACUACGUACAAAACUCUGAUGAACAUUGUGGAUGAAAUUGCCAGUUGUUCUUACCCAGAAGUGAAAGAACCUGAAGUUGUGGAUGAAGAAAAUGUUGAGUCCUUACCGGAAGAUGUUCCUGAAUAUACAAAUGGAAUUAUUGGUGAAGAAUCGGAAGAAAUUGCAGUUGUUGCCGAAGGAGUGGUCAACAGUGUUGCUGCAGAUGGGCCACCUCCAGGUCUUUCUACCUCAGCAGUGGUCCCUAUGCAGCCUCCAAGUGUACCUCAAGAGAAACCUUCUAUUGUCUCUCCUUCACAAGAUCCACUAGCUGCAGCCAUGGCACAGAUUCCACCAGCUGGUGUCCCUGGGGGUCCCCCUCAGGCUCCUGGAUUACCUCCUGCACCAUCUUUCUUCACACAAGCCCCUCAUGCACAGCCAGAACAUCAAGCAGCCCCACCACAAAUUCCACCACCAGCCCCCCCACAACAGGCUCCUGUACAGCCCCCAGUGCAACCCCCUGUGCAGCCACCUGUUCAGCCUCCAUUACAGCCUCCAGUUCAGCCUCCUGUACAGCCCCCAGUACAACCACCUGUGCAGCCUCCUGUUCAACCACCUGUACAGCCUCCUUUACAACCAGCCUUACAGCAGAUAUCUCUUAAUGACUUAGUGUCACCUGGAAGCUUUGACUUUUUACAGGAAAGCCAAGUGGCCCAGGAACCUCCAACUGUGUAUAUGGAUCCAGCUGUAGUUUCUAUUGGAAGCAUCAAGACAGAAUCCGUAUCCCAAAAAAUCCUGUCACCAGUACAACAGCCACCUCAGUCAGCUAACCCAGUGGUCUCACUUGCACAGGAACACACUCAUCCAUCCAAUAUUCCGGCUCAAAGUUUUACUAAUCAAACCUAUAGUAACAUUAACGUAGCAGGUUACACACAGGGUGUUGCGGCAGUUUAUCCAACCAACGCUGAUGUUGAUCCUACUCCAAACCCUCCGCCAACACUCGCGUUGCCAUCACAACCUCGAACACAGGGUCAGGUGGAAUUCAACCCAGAAGCACGCCCAUGGACAACUGACCAGUCAACGCCCACUCAAGAUUCAGUCACAUCUGUUGGAAGCAUUUCCCAGGGUCAUGAUGAUGGUAACUGGGGGACGCAAGAGAUGCCUGUCAAUGGUGGUGAUGACAAGUGGGUCAAUGAUUCUGGAAAUUGGGAUGAAUACGAGGACAAUCAAGGAGGUUCUGUUCCCCCUGCCAACAGCAACGGUCAUGGAGAUUUUGACAGACGAACUGGCUUCCGGGGAGGAAGAAGCAGAGGAGGAUUUAUUGCUAGGGGUGGGUUCAGAGGCAAUCGGGGUGGUGGGGGUAAUGGUGGUUAUCAAAAUGGGCGCGGCGGUUACGGAGGUGGUUAUGGCGGCGGCGGCGGUGGUGGCUAUCGUGGUGGGCGUGGCGGAAUGAAUGGACCCCGUGGCGGUCGAGGCUUUAGAGGCCAGGGUCCACGAGGUGGUUUUAGGGGCCGAGGUGGGCAGCGAGCACCCUAUCAACAACCCCCACAUAUGCAGUAAACUGAUAUAUCAGUGCUGAGCUGUGACUGUGAUGUGAAAGCAGUGUGUAUUUUAACACUUAAGUGUUGCACAUUUUACACACCGUAUUGACCUGGCAUUACUUGCUAUUUGUAGUGCCUGAACUUCACAUUGAACAAAUUUGAACGGAGAGACAGUACAGGGCAUUCUUUACGGGACAAUGUAGUGUGAAAUGACAUAAAAGUGAAAAAUUUGACAAAAAAGAGAAGGAAAAGAAAAAAAUGAGUUGAUCUUAACUCAAAAAAAAAAAAUAAUAAAACGUUAAUUUCUGUAAACUAUUCCAUGACUCGUAAGGUUAUACUGAUUAUAAUUUUUUUCUCCUUUUUUUUUUGUGUCAUCAGUUGGAAGCAUAUUCCUGAAUGUGGAGGAGAAGUGGAGGGUGUAAGUCAUGCUCCUCUUCUCUUCCAAGUGGCAUAGAUCCACAUGUAACUUCAAAAAAAAAAAAAAAAAAAAAAAAAAAAAAAUACGUUCUUGAGCUGUCGACGCUUCCAAUACAUUAUCAUUUAAUGCACCCUGUGAGUUUCUAUAACCUUUUUUUUUUUAAACUACAGUUUGAGAAAAGUCCUCAAAUGGGGAAGAAAUGAUGACUGGCAUGAAGUCAAGUGCUUUCUGGAACCUAAUGUUGAACGGAUGACAUGAAGAUGAAACGACGAGAAGCAGCAAACACAGAGUAUCCCUGCCGUACAAAUUUCGGCCACUCUGGGUAGUGGUGACAGCAUUUUAUUUUUAAGAAAUGCUGUGUCGUAUAAACAGAAUUCUUAACAAAGAAACCGUGUCUUUCAUGUCUAAAAAUACACCACCUUGAAACUGGAUCCUAUAUGAGGUAAUUUGUAAAAUGGAAACAAUUUUAGCAUUUAAGUCAUUGUAUUUUUAAGAAGUAAAGACUUGUUACAAUAAUACUGUACUUUUGGAAGUUUUUAAUGUAUUGAUGCAACAGUUUUCUCCUGAAACCUUGCAAACAAGCAGGCAUUUUAUUAUAAUGUAGUCACUUUUCCCUUGCCUUUUUUUUUUUUUUUUUUUAACUGGUCAGUACAUACCUACAUGAUAUAGAAACAGUAUACAUAUAUUUAUAGAGUGGAAAUUUAGGGUGUCAAUUUUCUGUAUUUUGAAUGGGAUCAAGAUUAAUGAUUUAAUUCCUUUCCCUUAAAUAAUAUUCUGUUAUUUUU